AUGCAUUUGGAAGGCUCUUGUGCGAUCCAAAAUAAUCAUAUUCUAGAUGACCAUGGCUCAGCAGAAGUCAUCUGCUACACCAGAGGAUCUACUGUUGAGGUGUCAUUAAAGCAUGUUAAAGCUAAUGGUAGGAUUCGUGUUCAUCGUUUGCUUGGAGAAGAGAUGAGGGAAAAUAAUGCAGUACAUAUUUGUGCAGCUAUUCGUCAUGAUGGAAAACUGCUCUUCAUAUCUUAUAGAAAGCUCAAAUUCGAAGCUGAUCUGAAUGACUACUGGUGGAAAAUCGAUAUCAAUGACAUUAAGACUGAAGAUAGUAGUCAACAUUCUAAUGAACGUCUUGUUGUUAGUGAUUUGUCUCAAUCUGUGAAACCCAAGAGGUAUACUUCUAAAGCUCGAGAAACUGGGUCAGGACGUCAGAUUUCGAUUGCAACGUUGAAAAGCCUGAAAGUGGCCGUGAAGAAGUUGCACGUGACACAUAUAAGACUGACACGACAUAUGUUAAUGGAGAUCCGACAGAUGAGAGAUGAAAUCCAUAACAACAUGAUCCGAUUUGUAGGUCUAUGUCUGCACGAGCCUUAUGUGUAUAUUGUAUCUGAAUAUUGCCAGCGUGGAAGUCUAUGUGACCUUCUCAAUAAUUAUGAUAUAAAUAUCGACUGGACAAUACGCUUUUCGAUAAUCAAUGAUAUUGUACAGGGCAUGAUGUUUAUUCACGGUUCAACAAUAAACUACCACGGGAGACUGAAGUCAACCAACUGUCUCUUGACCAGUCGAUUUGCGGUCAAACUUUGUGAUUUCGGACUUCGAUCUCUGAGAAAUCAAAAUUUUCUCCAGCCAGGGGAAUUGAUUGAUCCAGGUGAAGUUUUCCAGCCUGGCACAAAUCUGUUAACAGCAGUUCUGGUACACAUCUGUAAACAGCAGCCCUGGGGGUUAAGCAACAAAAAUUUUAUGGACAACCUGUUGUCUCGAAUGGAAAAGUACGCGAACAACCUUGAAAAGUUGGUUGAAGAAAAGACAGCAGCAUUUGCAGAAGAGAAGAGGAGGAGUGAAGAUUUAUUACACCAACUGUUACCUAGGUACAUCGCUAACCAGUUGAUAUCCGGAAAUCGUGUUAUCCCGGAAGCUUUUGAUUGUGUGACCAUCUUAUUUAGUGAUAUUGUCGGCUUCACAGCAUUGUCUGCCCAAUCUACUCCAAUGGAGGUGGUAGAUGUCUUGAACGACAUUUACUCGUGUUUUGAUGCCAUCCUUGCUGAGCACGACGUGUACAAGGUUGAGACCAUUGGAGAUGCAUACAUGGUAGUAUCUGGAGCACCUGUACCGAACGGACACAAGCACGCUCGUGAAAUAUCCCGGAUGUCACUGAAAGUGCGAGAAGCCCUGAAAACCUUUCGGGUCCGUCAUCGUCCUGAUAAAAGAUUUACCAUGAGAAUUGGUGUCCAUUCAGGACCUUGUGCAGCAGGAGUGGUUGGAUUGAAGAGGCCCCGGUACUGUUUAUUUGGAGACACAGUAAACACGGCAGCUCUUAUGGAAUCAAGUGGCGAAGGUAGAAAUAACUUGGUUUGUUAA